CUUGACCCUCCUCCACUCGGGGAUCGAGCGAAUCUCGAAUCUUGUUCAGGGAUUCCGAAUUCGUCCCCAGGGCUGAACAGCUCAGCCGCCAAUUAAAACACCUUCCAUAGAGGCGCGGACCAGACCUACAUACCUAUGUAAUUGUCUCUCCUAGAGGGAUUUGAAUACCAAGGUCGGUCUCGUAGAUAAAUAAAAAAGUAUCCUCGAGACCAUCGGAUGUCUCUGGUUACGUUUGCUUUUAAAAGUUAACUAUACGCACGUUACACUUGUAUAAUAUUAAUACAGUAUACUUACCUACUUACAUAACUAACCUAUACUUCAUCCGAGUGGUUACCUGCACGUAACACCGUUGAACCUUGAUACCCAGAUAUCUUUCAUAAGUACCUAACCUUAGGUACAUAAGUUCUACAUAAGCUCCCGUCAAACCUGCUUCAGUAGAGGUAGCUACAUCCUUCCUCUUCUCAACAACAAGAAGAACAACAUAUUUCUCUAUCAACAAAUUCGCGAUGGACGACAUCCCGCCACCUCCGUAUACCGAAACUGAUAUUCAUUCACAUUCAAGUCAUUCACCUGUCGCUCAACCCGGGGUGAACGAUGACAAUGUCUCUGUUACUACAUCAUCCCAUAGCACUACAGUCUACACCCCACCGGAGACCCCACGAGAGUCGCACUUCAACUUCUUCAACUUCCCUAGUAGUGACGAUCAUCAUACCAUAGCUUCUGCUCAUUCUUACUUUGAGUCGCGCCCUGCUCUUAGAACUGCGACCGGCAAAGUCUUGGUGAUUUCAUUAGCUAUCACAGAGGACGCUUCCCCAGAUAAUUUCCCAUACCCGGACUGGGCAAGAGAACAUGAUACUACCGAGCAAGACUGGCAGACAUUCCUUAAUUUUCUCUUGCCGGACCAUGCCUCGCGGACGAACUCGAAUGUCAUCGAGCGUAAAUUACACGCUGAAGAUGAGAAGCAAUCGUCAAAUACUGGCAGAAGCGUUGCCGAGGCGCAACUAGGCCAAAUCAAAUCAUCUACUAAUCUGGCAACGCAAUCUUCGCAUGACGUUGAUGCUGUCAUUCGAGAGUGGAAUGAUGGCUUCUUUGGUCCUAGAGGCGUGACUAUUGAACGAGCUACGCCUCAACCAUCUAGCACAUCGCGAAUACCCGCUACCCAACAAAUCCCCCCUGUUGAACCCCAGCCUCAGCCUCAACCUCAACCUCAACCCCAAUCCCAACCUCAGGGACAGUCUUCCAGAUCGUGGUGGAACCCGUUCAGACCCCUCGAGGCAAACGGUCGAGGCCUCCGCAUGGGGCGUCUCACUAUCGACAAUGAUCACGUCUCGUUCGGCAACUCGUUCGAAGUAGAUCGCAACGGCGUACGCUGGGGCGGUCAACCUGCCGAUGGCAGCUCUCCCUUUGCUGACCCAGGAACGCGUGACUUUCCUACCGGGCCUGGUCCCUUUGGCGAAUACAGUAUAGGGCGUGGCCGUGGCCGUGGCCGAGGGCACUGGCCGCGUGACCGCCCUGGCCAUGGUCAUCGAGGAUCGCGCGACCGCUCAUCCAGCUCGAGCUCUAGCGGCUCUUCUUCGUCAGACUCGGAUUCGGGCUCCAGCAUCGGUAGCCUCCCGGACUGCGACGACUUGAAUGACUCUCAGCUUCCUUACGCUAAGCAGUCGAUCUGCGCAUGGCUCGAUCACCCGGAGCAGCCCGUAACGAGGGAGAUGCUCAAGGCUCUACGGUCUGAAAUCAAGGCCGCGAAGAACGUUCCUCCGCCAACCAACGACCCGGCGUGGGAGACUAACAGGCAGGUGAUGCGCCGAGAGGUGCGAGCGUUGUUAGCGCGAUUUAAAACCUUGAAGCGGGAGCAGAAGCGAUACGCGAGGGCGCUGCGUAAGGAGAAGAGGGAGCAGAAGAGAGCGCAUAAGCGCGAGCGUCGGGAGCGUCGAAAGGCCGAGAAGCGGGAGCGAAAGAGCCUACAGCGUGACGUCAGAAGCUCUGAGCGUGGGAUAGAAGGACAUUCUGGACGCGGUCCUGGUGCUGCCAGCUCUUCCUGCCCUUUCCCACCGGUAUUCGGUGAUACGCAUAUUCCUGCUAUGCCUAGCGCACCUGGCCACGUCCCCGUUAAUCACCCAACCAACGUACCAAGCUUCCCCUUCGGUGGCCGCGGUUUCCCCUUCGGUCGCGGCGGAAGAGGGCGAGGCGGACCCUUCGGUGGCCACCAUCCGCGCCCCUGGGAAGCGCACGUCCAACAUGCAAAGCAGCAGGCCGAGCAAGCAAGAAAUCACGCGCAACAGCAAGCAGACCAAGCGAGAGCCAUUGCGCAACAGCAGGCAGAACAAGCCAGAGCUCAGGCACAAGCACAGGCAAACAUGGCGCGGGCUGAAGCACAGAGAACAGCGAAUGCAGCCCGCGCCCAAGCUGCAGCCACGGCGGCUGCCGCUAUCUGGGCCUCUGUUCCAAGGGGGUAUUCGCCCUGGGGUUCAGCGCCAGCGCCGCCGCCGCCGCCUCCCCCGCCAGUACCAACAUCGACAAACGAUAGGCUUCGGGCAGCGGAGGCCCUAGACACGCAAAUCACAGGCAAGACGUACUUGCUAAGGGUGCUACGCGAGACGAUAGAGCUGGAGCGGACGGAGGCGGCGCUGCGUGAGGGUGAAGAACGAAGCGAGGACAAGAAGAGUACGAGCAAAGAGGUAGAGGCUUCGGUCCUGGAAGAUGAGAUUGAGAGGCUACGACGGGAUGUUGAGAGGUUGCGGUUUGAAGGCUUACAGUUACAAGCUGACGAGGAGCUUGCGAGGAGGUUGCAGGAGGAAGAGCAUCAGCGCGGGUAGAUGAGACGAGAACCGCGGCGUUGAAGAGACUAGAGGGAAUGUUUAGGGGCUAAACUUUUCAACGGAUAUUUCAAUUUGCUCUAGGUAUAAAUAGGCAGGGUUGAAGGUAUAUCGGACAGGGGGGACACGAAACCGAGCCAUUCAUGAAAGGCGUCGGGAGUUUACUGGCUAUGGCGGUUAUGGCAUGAUUUCCCCGAGGCUCGAGAUUUCGGUUAAAUAACGACGCUUAUGUAGAACAAUUUUCAAGAGACGAUGAUUUCACCCAAGUAAACAGAUAUAAAUCCCAUAGAACGCUGUCUUU